GAGUUGUGUUCCGUCUGUGUUUUUCGUUCGUGUAGAAACAACUGAAGCUCGUCUGAGUAAAGUGAGGCCGUGAAAUAACUCCUCAGUGAGUGUUACAGAGUUUAAAAUCAGCUCAUAGCAGCAGCAGGAAACUAACAGCGGCUCUGAGGAGCAGGUUUGCUGCUUAGCAUGCCCGGUAGCAGCUCUCAGGUCCUCCCCGGUCAUGUUCGGUCUUGCCUCGUCCUCUAAAUGGACCAGUUCAGUUAAAACUCUUCUCAGAGCUCUCAGACAGACCAGCAGGUACAGAUGUGUGUCAAACAACUGUCAGUCUGAGGAGUGUAUCCGUAGAUUUAUCACUGAGAACACGGAGAUUGUAGGGGAGCAGAGCCUGACCCCGGAGCUCAAACUGAGACUGUUCACACCGAACUGCAGAUUCUGGACUCAGAGACCCGAGCUGUGGCCUUACAGUGACCCGUACUGGGCCAUCUACUGGCCGGGAGGACAGGCGCUGUCCCGGUAUCUUCUGGAUAACCCCACCGUGUGUCAGGGUCAAACCGUUCUGGAUCUGGGCAGCGGCUGUGGAGCCUCAGCCCUCGCUGCAGCACGGAGCGGUGCAGCUCAUGUAGUCGCAAACGACAUUGACUCUGUUGCAGCCGUAGCGACACACCUGAACAGUGACCUGAAUGGACUGCAGCCUCCUGUGUGUCUCACUGACAACAUGAUCGGAUCCCAGCCCGCUGCUUUCGAUCUGAUCCUGCUGGGUGACAUGUUCUACGACGAGUCCCUCGCCACCAGCCUUCACAGCUGGUUGGAUCGCUGCAUCAAGUCCCACGGCACCAAAGUCCUGAUUGGAGAUCCGGGAAGAGCUCAGUUUGAGGAGCACGGCAUCCGACGGCUCCUGAGGCCGCUGGCUCAAUUUGAGCUGCCUGAGAGUGUGAGAGAGGAGAACUACGGUCUGACCCACAGCUGUGUGUGGAGCUACAUGCCUGAACUCUGAGCACUUGACAGGAUUGUUCUCUGAAGUCUAGCUGUGAUGAUGUGAAUGAAAGAAAAAAGACUCUGUGCUGUGUUUGAUUCCUUUUUUAAUUUAUUCUCAGCAAAAAUAAACACAACACGUACCAAACAA